UUGUAGUUGACAGGGGGUAUGUUCCCUUGUUAUUUAUAUUGUGUAGCUUUAAUUUACACGAGUGGAAAUUUGGGACGGAAACAUGGAGAGGGGAAAAACUAAGCUGUUGGUCAUUUGUAUAGCCUUCAUACACUUGUCGAACGCAUCAGAAAAUUUAAGCAGAGGCAAGCCUACAAACAUGAGCAGCAUCUAUGGUACAUGGUCAAGUGAUUUAGCUGUUGAUGGAUGUAAAAAUCAAAACGUUUUUAGGAGCUGUUGUAUGCAUACAAGUGAUCAAGGUCUUUUAGAAGCUUGGUGGUGGGUGGAUUUAGAGGAACCAAUCGCUGUAGGAAACGUCCUCAUUUAUUAUAGAGACGGAUGGAUACAUCGUUUAGGAGGCUACGAAAUCAUUCUGUCAAAUACUAGUGAAUGGGCACAAGGUGAUCGUUGCUACAUUGACAAGUCCCCUUCAAAAUGUUCAUUGCCGAGCCUACAGAACAACACAUGUCAAGGAGUCGCCCAGUUUCUGACUAUUUACGUUGACCGCCGAGUAAAGCUGCGAAGCUGGUACUCACGUGCUGCCAUUCUAGAGCUGUGUGAAAUCGAGGUCUACGGUUGUCCGGUAGGUUAUUACGGGACUGGUAACUGUAACUCGUCCUGUGACGUUAGCUGCGUUGACAGAAACUGCCACCCUUCCACUGGUAUAUGUCUCCGCUGUAGUCCUGGGUAUUACAAAGAUGGACAAGGGUGUUCCGAAUGCAAGCAGCACUGUCCUGGCGUCUGUGAUGGCGAAACAGGUGUUUGUGCACAUUGCCCUGAAGGAACAUUCGGUGACUUUUGUAAACCAUGCCCCUCUGAAUGUGCUAGUGGCAGCUGUGCCAAGAAAAGAGGACAUUGUGAAAAAGGUUGUGUAACAGGCAAGUUUGGUGCACACUGUAACAAGACUUGUCCAGAAAACUGCAGGAAUGGCAUGUGUGAACAAACAGUGGGCACUUGUGCCGAUUGUAAGCAUGGUAAAUACGGAUUCACCUGUGAGGAAUCGUGUCCUGGCUGUUGUGAAGGAAGGCAUUGUCUACAAGCUGAUGGAACGUGCGCAGAAAAAGCAGAAUGUAACGACUGCUCCGCGUUGAAAGUGGUUUUCCCUGUCCUGUUGGCCUUCGUUAUAGUAGUGUGCGCUUUCAUUAUUAUUCGGAUGAAGCAAAGAUACACCGGAACUUGCGGUCCAGCAAAGCUAAAAGAACCGUUCUAUGCUGACAACAAAAGCAACAUUGAAUUGGAGCAACCGAACGUUUACAGCAAUUCUGGGGCUGUGGAUUAGACUGUUGCUCAGGUGAAAAUGGUGCUUGCGUCGCCAUUGUUACAUAUAUUUGUACUAUUUUAAAAACUGUAUAUUCAUAUGUUAAUGAAAAUAUAAAAUUGAUCAUGAUGAACAUGUAAACUUUAUUUCGAGGUUAUAGAAAAUCAGUCUUCAUGGUGAUAAUGUCCAGGUUUACUGUGAUUUAUAUGACAUAAAAUGCAUGACUGUAGUGAAAUGUUUAAAAUGAUGUAGUUUAGCGCGAGCGAAAAGCUCAUUAUGCAAUACGAAAGCUUAAUUAAGUUGCAACAUAUGACAUCAAACAUGAAGAGGAAAUAGGUUCAUGUAAUGAGGUAUGAGAUAUUUAUCAUAAAUGGAAAGUGCUGCGUAGGCUUCUAUGACGUAAAUUUGACAAUGUAUGUUUUGAUAUGAAACAUCUGGAGAAGUUUACAAGUAACAAAUAACUUUUCUUCAAGCAUGAAUAGCGACGCUUAUGUGUGUUGACUGGCUGUAGAUAUGAAUGACAUACUUGUUUUUACAAGGAAGUGUUUCGUUUCCUGUUUAUUGAACACGAACUGUAACACUAUAUGUUGCACGCAAUGAUCGUGUGGUGAGCAUAUAUUUUUAAUCUGAUCAAAUGAUAAAACGGUUCCGGGUCUUAUGCUAAUUCUUUAAUUUAGUAUUGCAUACACAUCGUAACAUCAGAUUGAUACAUUACUUCCCUGUUUACUUCAUGAAUAGUGUUAGUGUCCACCUAUCAGGCUGGGAGAGAGCAAAGAGGGACGAACUUACCUUUGAUACUUUGUUUUGUAUAGCAAACUUAUAUUUGUGUAACGCAUCGGGUAAGCUAAUCAUAGAGUGUGUAGGUUAAAUAACACAUCCAAAGCUUGAAAAUAUCAAAUAUUCUUCUAUUUAUUCCUUGUUCGAUGUAAUUUUUUAAUAUGUUUACAAGUAUAAAAUUAUACCCAGAAUUUAAAAUUUCGAUUUUUUAUUCAAAAAUAUGAAUGCAAGUAUUUAAGGUGCUAUAUUUACUGUAUGACAUUUAUUUAUUUCUGUAUAUAUUCAUUAAUUGAUAAAUUUUCAUAUGAAUGAUAUCGUGAUAUAUAUUGAAGGACGAUAACGUCAAAAUGCUCUGACAACCAAUGUUGAUAACUGCAACCAAGUGUUGUAUGAUGAUUGUUCAGGAAACAAUUGUUCUUCAAUGAUACCAGGACUUGUUUGUUAUGUUUGUAUUGUGUAUGUUGAAGGAAAAGUGAAGAUUGAAAAACACUUGCCAAUUACUUGAAUCUUUGUAUGUGAUUAAGAUAUUCGCUAAUUAUGUAUACUUAUGUUUUAUUGGCUGCAGUUGUACGAUAAUAAAAAGGCACCACAUGGAAUUAACUAUAUGACGUAUUAUUAUUGUUGCAAUUUAGUCUUUUCACCUAUUUUUUCUACAUAUGUUUGCAAAAUCAAUCAGUGUAAUAUACUGUUAUAAAAGGAAGUUUGGAAGUAUUGACCAUGAAAUUUCGGAUAAUCUUUUCUUUCUUUAACAACCACAUAAUUGAUACAAUGAAAUAGUUGCGAUUAUUUCCCCUUACACAACAACUUCGUGUUCCUAAGGGAAAUAACUCUGUAAUGUUCAUGGUCCAUUCAGCCUGGAAACAAUUUAUACUAUCCCAAGUAAAUAAAAUAUGACGCCUUUGAUGAAGUGAUGCAUUUUAUAUUGCUUUACGUAUAUUAGCCUGUUCUUA